UUAUAUCCUAAAGCUGUUCUAUAAUGAUAUUUUUCACCACCCCCUUGUAUAAAUCACUUUCUCAUUGUAGAUUAUUUGCAAGUAAUUAAUUGAUCUUUGCAGAAAAUACGGCAGCCGGAAAGAAUUGAGUAGGAAAGAAGGAAGGAAGGAGCUAGUCCACAUUGGUAGGCCCGAAAGAACACUUUCAGCUUUGUCACUUAGCAGGAAGGCAAAGCACAUACCCACAGGAUCUCCUUAAUUUUUUUUUUUUAGGGUAGGAUCUCCUUAAAUUGGGUUUGCCAUCUCCCUUGGUGGAACUGACUACCCCACUAGCAUCUUCAGCUCUGCUUCCCCUCCUGAGAAAAGAGAAAGUAUCCUUCCAAGCCAUCGCUUGCUUUGAUUCUUGGGGAGCAUCCGUUCCAUAGCAUCCUCAUAGCUGCGUGCAAGCAGGUUUGAGCAGCUAGCUAUAAGAACUCCCUCAUCGGAUCGGUCUUGUUUCUUGCCAUGACCGGAGGGGAUUCCAUGGAUGCGAUCAGCCUGGACGAGUGGGAGCUCCUGCCUGACCUCGGGAGCUCCUUCUUCAUGGAGGAGUGCACUGCUGGUGGUGAUGAAGAAGAGGCCAUGGGACCAUCAGUGCAGGCUGCCUCUGCACAGCAGCAGCAUGGCGUCGAAUUCGAGGACAUGGGCGUCGUGCAGGCCGAGCCGAGGCGAGGGGAGCUCACGAUGAUGGUGACCGAGGUGAUGGUGUCCGGUGCAGAGGAGGAGGAAGAGAUGGUGCACUCCCCUGUUGCCGAAGAGGAAGCUUCUGAGGAGGACGAGGUGAUGGUGGAAGCGGCACCUGAUCAUCUACCUCAUGAGGUGGAAGAAGGUGCGGAGAGAGACAGGGCAGGGAUGGACGCUGCUGGCUUCAGCGUCGGGAAACUGAGGGUGAAUGGCGUCGGGGCGCUCUGCUCGUUCGGGGUCGCCGCUGCCACCUUCUGCAUCUUGGUGCUUGGCGGCAGGCCGCAGCAUCAGCAGCAGCAGAGGAAGAUUAUGGUGCAAGAUCAGAAGUCCCAGUUCCAGGUGUUCGCCGAUGACGAGAGAAUUCAUCGAGCCGUGGAGCAGGCGUCGAGGCUGAACCAGGCCGUGUCGUCGGUGAUGGGUGGCGCAUCCACCAGAGCGAAGGUGUCUUUCGGCGGCCACUACAACGGGUUUUGACGUGCCAGAAGCUUCUAGAAUCCAUCGACGCAUCCAUGACAUCCUAGUGUUAGGCAUAUUGAUAUUGAGAUUCUUUAUUUACAUUGGUCAGGGCCCCGUAGCCUGUAUGUCUGCAAUGUAUAUAUGCUUAAUAGCUGGUAGAUUGCAUCAGUCCACUACUCCACUGUCAUGUACAUUUCCUACCAGCAGAUGUGAACAGUAUUAUUUUGGGUUUGAUUUUCUCCGCGAAA